UAUCUCAGCCUUUAAAGCAUGGAAGUUCAUAUUUAUUAUCAUUUAAAAUUGUGUUAUGUUAAGGAUGCUUACUUGAGCAUUUAAACAUUUGUUUUACUUUAAACUUCUCUUCACUGGGAGACGUGUUUAUUUUUCACUCCGCUCCCGCUGCUUUCAUUUCACAGCUGUAGUUAUCUGGUCGAAUAAAACAUGAUCAACAAAUAAAUAAAGUGUUUUAGAUCUGAUGAUCUAUCAGAAUAAACAGGAGCUCAAACUUAAAAGGCUCCACUGAAAAGAGAUUUUGAUAAAAUAAUUACAACAGGACUUUUUAAAUUGGGGUUCAAAGUCAGUGUAUCUUAGAAAACACAUAUGGGCAAAUAAUAAAGUUACACUCCUUCAUAAAAAUAUUUUCAAGCUUUAACUGUUAAAAGAUUUUGUUAUGGUUAUAAUAUCAGUAGAUAACAUUAGCUCCACUGAAAAGAGCCACUCUGGGUUAUGUUUUUAUGGAUUUCUUACUUAAUGCAACUUGUUUCUGAUGGUUACAUUAAUAUUUAAAGACUUUUUAAUGUGUGGUUCUGUGUCAGAUACUUAUAGUAAAAAUAAUCAAGUGAAUUUCCUUCAAUAAACAAACAAGUGGACGAGAAGAACAUUGUGUGACUGAGGAUCACGUGACUGAUAACUUCUGAGAUAACCACACUUUAUAACUGGGCUGAAACAGGAAGUCCAUGUCCUGCUGAGACUCCACAUCCGCCUUCAUCCCUGUGGCAGCUCGCAUCAGCUGUUUGUCUCAUAUUUGAUCAGUGUGCGCCCCCUGGUGAGUGAACCUCCUCCUCCUCCUCUUCAUCAUGGUGUCUCUGGUUCACACUCUGCAGCAGCACACAGACGAGCUGAGCUGCUGCUGCUUCUCUUCCGGCCUGCUCGCCACCUGCUCCGCCGAUAAAACCCUCCGCGUGUACGACACCGCGGAUUUCUCGGAGCUGCCCGGCUCUCCUCUGUCCGGACACGGCUACGGGGUUCGCUGCUGCUGCUUCAGUUCCUGCGGCCGGAGCCUGGUGAGCUGCUCCACGGACGGAUCCAUCGUGGUGUGGAACCCGGACACGGGCGAGGCGGCGGCGGAGCUGCAGCACCCGGGUCGCAGUCCGCUCCGGGUGUGCGCUCUGGCCCCGGACUCCUCCCUCCUGCUGGCCGGAGCCUGUGACGGCACCGUGGCCCUCUGGGAAUUCUCCUGCAAGACACUGCGCAGAUGCAGUUCAGUGAGUGAGGCCAGUGUCGUGGCGUGCUGCUUCUCUCCGUGCGGCCAGGUCUUCGUGACCGGCUGCACCAACGGUGACCUUAAACUGUGGGACCUGGACAUCGGCCUCCUGCACGCCGAGAAGGACGCCCACGACCUGGGAGUCACCUGCUGCAGCUCGGCACCGCACCUCCGACCUGAUGGCUCCUGUGUGGAGUUUCGACUGGCCUCCUGUGGACAGGACAGCCAGCUGAAAAUAUGGAUUGUUUCCCAGCGUGAAGGAGCAGUCUGGGUCAUGAAGCUCCUCCACACUCUCACCAGUCAUUCGGCUCCAGUUCUGUCUUGUGCUCUCUCCUCUGAUGGAGAUCUGGUCGUCUCCGGUUCAGUGGAUAAAAGUGUUGCAAUACAUGACGCAAACGUGGGAACCCUGCUCCACACUUUGAAACAGCACGACAGGUAUGUGACUGCUGUAGCUCUGUCUCCCACCAUGCCGUGGAUUGCAACCGGCUCCAUGGACAGAACGGUGAACGUGUGGAGAAUAGGAGAUGGAGACGACUUAACUGCUGAGUCGAGGCAGUCAGAGUGCCAAGGAAGGAAGUUGGCGGGUCACUUCAGGCCGCUGCUUGCCGAUUGGUCAGAGGAGGAUGUGCAGACUUGGCUCCACGAGGAGGGACUAGAGCAGCUUGUCGGGAACUUUAAAGCCAACAACAUCGAUGGACCGGAGCUUAGCCGGCUGAACAAGGAAACAGCCUCAGAGCUAGGAAUUGAGUCGGUGGGCCUCCGCGGUCGUCUCCUGAGGAAUAUCGAGGCCUUGAAGGCAGAGCAGAGCAGUUCAGACGCUCCUGAUGAGUUUCUGUGUCCAAUCACCAGAGAGCUGAUGAGGAAUCCAGUCAUCGCUGCAGAUGGGUAUUCCUACGAGCGGGAAUCCAUCGAGAGCUGGAUCAGAGGCAAGAACAAAACCAGCCCCAUGACCAACCUGCCCCUGCAGACCACACUCCUUACCCCCAACAGAUCCCUGAAGAUGGCCAUAACACGAUGGAAGUCGAGUCAGUAGCUCGUUUCAGCUUGUUUGUCAGAAUCCACCAAAAAGGUACUUAAUCAUUAAAGUAUUGUUUUUGUUCAAGAGUCAAAUUUGAAAAAAUGAUCUGAAUGUGAGGUUUAAGAUAAAUGAAGAUGAA